AUGACUUCAAUUAUAAAAGUUCAUACGCUCUCAGGAGCAAUGGACGAGUCGCCGCCUUGUUAUAUGCUGCAAGUGGACGAGGUUAGGAUUUUAUUAGACUGCGGUUGGGACGAGAAAUUUGAUCCCAAUUUUAUGAAGGAGUUGAAACGGCAUGUGCAUACGAUCGAUGCGGUGCUAUUGUCCUAUCCAGACCCACAGCACUUAGGCGCUCUGCCAUAUCUUGUCGGGAAACUUGGACUGAAUUGUCCAAUCUAUGCAACGAUACCAGUCUAUAAAAUGGGCCAAAUGUUUAUGUACGACUUAUAUAUGUCUCAUUACAACAUGUACGACUUCGAGUUGUUUUCUCUGGAUGAUGUGGACGCUGCUUUCGAUAAAAUUAUUCAGUUGAAAUACAACCAAAGUGUUUCGAUGAAAGGUAAAGGGUAUGGAAUAACUAUUACUCCGCUGCCUGCUGGACACAUGAUCGGAGGCACAAUCUGGAAAAUCGUUAAAGUUGGCGAAGAGGACAUCGUCUAUGCCACAGACUUCAACCACAAGAAGGAGCGUCACUUGAAUGGCUGCGAGCUGGAGAAGCUGCAAAGGCCUUCGUUGCUAAUCACAGACUGCAUGAACGCCAAGUAUCAACAGGCACGCCGACGAGCGAGAGACGAGAAGCUCAUGACUAAUAUCUUGCAAACAGUGCGAAGCAAUGGAAACGUCCUGGUAACUGUGGACACUGCGGGUCGCGUUCUCGAACUAGCGCAUAUGCUGGACCAGUUGUGGAAGAAUAAGGAUUCCGGGUUGAUGGCGUAUUCGCUAGCGCUUCUGACGAAUGUGAGCUACAACGUGGUGGAGUUUGCGAAGUCCCAAAUCGAAUGGAUGAGCGACAAACUGAUGAAGAGCUUUGAAGGUGCCCGAAACAAUCCGUUCCAAUUCCGUCACAUGAAGCUGUGCCACAAUUUAGCAGAGCUAGCGAAAAUUCCUAGCCCAAAGGUUGUACUGGCAAGCGUGCCUGACAUGGAAUGUGGGUUUUCGCGGGAGCUCUUUGUUCAGUGGGCCGGAAACCCCAACAAUAGUAUUAUCCUUACAUCCAGGACGUCACCUGGGACUCUUUCACGCGACCUCAUCGACAAUGGCGGCGACGGGAGAAAGAUCGAAUUAGAUAUCCGUCGGCGUGUUGAGUUGGAGGGAGCAGAGCUCGAAGAAUAUCUGCGUACGCAGGGGGAGAAGCACAAUCGACUAAUUAUAAAACGCGAUCUGGACGAGGCCAGUUCAGAUUCGGACGACGAACUGGAAAUGAAUGUGAUCACUGGAAAGCAUGACAUCGUCGUGCGUCCUGACGGCAGGACUCACACAGGUUUCUUCAAGUCUAGUCGGAAGCAGUAUGUGAUGUUCCCGUUCCAAGAGGAAAAAAUCAAAUGCGACGAGUACGGAGAAAUCAUUCAGUUGGACGAUUACCGGAUCGUGGAUUUGGGCCCGGACGCUAUGAUGGAGGACAAUAAGGAGAAUCACCAGUUGAAGGCUGAGGACAUCAAGAAAGAGAAGAUUGAGAAAAUAGACGAUGACGUAAUGGCAGUUGAAAAACCCACCAAAUGUGUCAGUAGCCGGAAGCUUAUCGAAAUUAAUGCCCAAAUUCAGUUUAUCGACUUCGAAGGCCGAUCGGAUGGGGAGUCGAUGCUUAAAAUUCUCUCGCAACUGCGCCCGCGACGAGUCAUCGUUGUCAGAGGGCUGCAACAGUCUGCGGAAACAGUAGCCCGACACUGCCAGCAGAAUAUUGGAGCUCGAGUUUUUACUCCACAAAAAGGAGAGGUUGUCGACGCAACAACUGAAACGCACAUCUAUCAAGUACGACUGACUGAGAACCUCGUCUCGCAGCUGCAGUUUCAGCGCGCGAAAGAUGCUGAAGUGGCGUGGGUUGAUGCCGUGAUCGGUGUCCGUAGUAAAAACAUCGAAGCAAACAAUCCAGACGCCGAUCUAGAUGUCGAUAUGAGCGACGAAGAUAAGAAGAUUCUGACAUUGGAACCGUUGGACGCUGACGACAUUCCACUCCACGAUUCGGUUCUAAUCAAUGAACUGAAAUUGUCAGACUUCAAGCAAGUUUUGAUGAAGAACAACAUCAGUUCCGAGUUUUCGGGUGGUAUCCUUUGGUGUAAUAAUGGAAGCCUGGCGCUGAGGAGAGUUGAUCCCGGUCGGGUGACUAUUGAGGGGAAUCUUUCGGAGGAGUACUAUAAGAUUAGGGAUUUAUUAUAUGAACAGUAUGCGAUUAUUUAA